AUGUGGCAGACAAAUGCAAACCAGAAACUUCAUCCCCGUGUCACUCUGGUAGGACAACACAUUGAUGUAAAUGAGGAACGCGAGCAAGACUAUAGUAUGCAUUUGAUCAUCCUAGGACCAGGAAAUAAACGGCGCCGAGCUGGAACAAGCGCAAUUCUUCAAAAAAUACUUCUCAUAAAGCCGAUGAAGACUCCGAACAGCCAAUUUGUCCAGCGGAUUUACAUAAUCGAUGUUUCCUCAGUCACUGCAUCGGAAUCACGGCGGGCUACCAAAGAACUAAUUCGCCAGAUGGUAGUUGAUGGUAGUUUAUACUGUAUUCCCUCAGAAGGAACCAAUAAAAAACUGUCGGUGGUAAUUCAGGAUAUAACUUCUUUAUGA